ACAGCCGCUGUGUGACAACAUGUUUGCAUGGGGAGAGGACGGACACCGGGGCUUCCGGCUGCAAGACGGAGCUUACAGCGACGGCAGGCCGGCAGCGGACGCCGGGGUCGGUCGGUUAAACCUCGGGUAUAACAUCGCGGAUCUGUCCGCGGGCCGCAGCGCGCUCGCAUUCGUCAAAACAAACGGAAACGCGUUCGUCAUUCGCACGAAUGAGAGGGAAGAUGGGACCAGAGUUAAAGGGAAACAGAAGUUCAUAAAGUAUAAAGAGAGGAUUCUGGCUGUGGGUUGUGGUGAUGAUAUGGUCAUACUGCUGUCUGAGGGAGGGGAAGUUCUCUGUGUGGACACAGCUCAAACCUACAAUCCAAAGCCACUGAAAGCUUUGAGUAACAUACAGGUGUCUCAGGUUGCUUGUGGGAGCCAGCACUCAGUGGCCCUCACCAAAGGUGGCCAGGUGUAUACAUGGGGCCAGGACUCCAGGGGCCAGCUGGGUCUGGGGAGGAGGAAACCCGGCGCCAACUCACCCCAACACCUCAGAUCUCUGUCGGGGCUCCCCCUGGUCCAGGUGGCUGCAGGGGGAGAGCAGAGCUUCGCCCUCUCCGUCUCCGGAGGCGUGUCCGGGUGGGGCAGAAACGACCGCGGGCAGCUCGGGCUGGGAGACACAACAGACAGACACACGCCAACUCCUGUUCAUUGUCUGAACAUGAAGACAACCAUUCACAUUUCCUGCGGAAAGGACCACACGGCCAUUCUGACGAAGAAUGGUGCAGUGUUCACAUUCGGCUCCGGUCAAUACGGACAGCUUGGGCACAACUCUUUCAGCGAUGAACUAAGACCUCGGCUUGUUGCGGAGCUCUUGGGGGCAAAGGUCACCAAGAUUGCAUGUGGACGACAUCACACGUUAGUGUUGACGGACUCCAAGAAGGUCUACUCCUUCGGCUGUGGAGAGCAGGGGCAGCUGGGACAUGGAGAGGAGAGUCAUCCGUCUGUGCCGCUACCUGUUCAACUAACACAGGACACGGAUGAUGCUCGAGUUAGAAACAUCUUCGCAGGAGGAAACUGUUCGUUUGCAGCGUGUGCAUCCAAUGAGGACGUUUCUAAGCAGGCGAACGCUGACGGUGUCAACAACAAAACACAGCAUCGUCUCGAUGACAUGAUUGAUAAAUGGACCUCCAAAUGUGAUUCAAAGUCAUGGAAAAAGAUCAAACAGGAAAUCCACAGGACGUUUUCUUCUGCAUCCUGUGUGAAUAUAAGCUUCCUUGAGCAAAGCAAAGACAAACAUUUCCAGACCUCCACAAAGUACCCGGGUUUGAACUUGUCACUCGCACGACUCGCUUUCGAGAAACUGGUGAAAAAGGACAAUGUUUUCGCCGAGGUCGAGGCUGCUGUCCUGCUCUUGCUUCCUUCCCUUGAUAAGAAGCCACUGGCAGUGGAGGGGUUAAGGAUCUACCUGCUUCUCAAUGAGCUCCUGCAUGUGAUCCAGAGACAUGAACAGCGUCGAACGAGCACAGAGCUCGCUGAGGCGGUCGCUGCCGCCGUCCUAAACUUGUCUGCUGACAGUCUCCAGGUCAUAGGGGACUGGUGGUCCUCACUGCCGUCCUCCACCAUGGUUGAACAUGUUAAUGUGUGGAAGCAGGCCCUCUCAGUGAUCCUGUCCUUAAAGCCUGUUCCUCGCAACUCUGGAGUCAGAAACCUGCUGCUAGUCCUCCAGUAUAUGUACAAUGCCAACAGCAGGAUCGCAGAACCCCAAAGAAUGCCAGAAAGGGACUUCUGUUUGUUGAUUGACAAAAACUUUCUCAAUCAGGAUCUGCAGCUUUGGCGUUCACGAUCUCAACACAAGUACAUGCAUGCUGAGCCACUUGUCCUGUGUAGCUUUCCAAUUCUGAUGGAUCUGGAGUCAAAAAAGUAUGUUUUUGACCUGAAUGCUGACUACACCAAGGUAAUCAAGAUCAUGAAAUCCCCAGGAAAAACAUUUUUGGAUUUUGGAUGCCCUGUCUCUGGAGACAUGUUCUAUGAACUGGACCUGAGGCGAGCAUCGAUUUUGGAAGACACCUUUAAACAACUGGCUGCUGCUCAUCACAGUUACUACAAGAUUCCACUUGUGGUUUAUUUUGAUGAAAACACUGCAUUCGAUAAUCUCUAAAAAGACUUUUUUCACGAAGUGUUUCAUGAGAUGAUGUCAGCUGAAACUGGGAUGUUCAUGCUCAACGACUCCAAUACCAUGGCAUGGUUCCCCUCCAAAGCAACAGAGGAGGACCAGAGAUACCUCCAGUUUGGGGUUCUGUGCGGAUUGGCUCUGUACAACGAGUGCAUCAUACACUUACCCUUCCCGUUGGCUCUGUUCAAAAAGCUGCUCGGUGUUAAGCCUUCACUGGAGGACAUGAUCGACUUCAGUCCACGCGUUGGAGAGAGUCUGCUGAACAUCCUGGAAGAUUAUGAUGAUGAUGACAUAAAAAACCUCUACAUGGAUUUUUUGAUCAACUGGGAUGGCACAGAGGUUGACCUUGACCCUAAAAAUCCUGAAAAGCCACUGACGGGGGAAAACAAGAAGGAGUUUGUGAAUGCCUACGUGAAUCAUGCCUUCAACACAUCAGUGGAGGGUCUGUUUCAGGAGUUCAAGCGAGGCUUCUUCCAGGUGUGUGACCAGGAUUUGGUGAAGCUGUUCCGACCAAAAGAGCUGCAGGAAGUGCUGGUGGGCAAAGACUUCCAUGACUGGGCAAAGCUGAAACAGAACACAGGUUAUGAGGGGGAGUACAAUACCACACCACCACACCCCACCAUACAGAUGUUUUGGGAGGUUUUUGAUGAACUAACUGAGGAUCAGAAGAAAGCUUUUCUUUGGUUUGUGACUGGCUUUGAAAGGGUGCCCAUUCUUGGCAUGGAAACGAUGAAGAUGACAGUCAGAGUUACACAAGUCCAGGACCACUCUUAUGACCAGUGCUACCCUGAGACGCAUACAUGUUACUCAACCCUGGAGCUGCCCUUAUACUCAACCAAGGAGAUCAUGCACACCAAGCUGACAGAGGCCCUGAGCAACAAUAGAAGAAUCUACAAGUGAUGGAGGGACUGCACCGUGACUGUAUCUGUACUCACCUUCUCAUUCAACUACUUUGAAUAAUCUCAUAUAUAAAACAUAUUCUGGUUUGUUGAGCAUUUGUUUGUUUACCACAUGAUUCCAUAUGUGUUCCUUCAUAGUUUGGAUGUCUUCAAUAUUAAUCUACAAUGUAGAAAAAAAAACCAUUGAAUGAGAAGGUGUGUUCAAACUUUUGACUGGUUUGAUAUAGAUAUAGAUAGUGUAUAUGUAUAUGUAUAUGUAUAAACUAUAUGUGUUGCAGGGGAAUCUUGCGUCAUUUUAAAAGUGUCACAUCUCCUCAGGUAAUAAAGAGUGUGAUUGUGUGUUAUUUUGGGGCCAAGUUGAACAAAAAAUGUUUAAAACAAAAUUAAUGUGUACAGCAAAGCAUAGGGAGGAAAUGUUUGUUACAUGUAAAGUUUUUCAUGUUGGAGCAAUAAAAAAUGAAACUGGUUUAAUUCAA